AUGCCGCUUCUCCAGAAAAAAACAAAAUCAAAGAAAUCGAUAAAGGAUCAGCAAACAUCAGCGAAACGAAAUCAACGAAUGGUCUUCAGCGCCCAAAAAACUGCUGCCACUAGACAACUUUCAUGUGUCUCUGCAAACCGACCAAGCAAUAGUCGUGUUGCACACAGUCAGAAAGUGUCUGGAAAAUUCUUGGAAAUAGGGGGAAGUGAUCGGCAAAGAAAUCAAGAAAGACAAGAUCAAGCUGUGCAGGAACUGGUUGAGCAUCUGAAGUCGAUUGCACCAUUCAAUAAACGCUGGCAAGUAAUUGAGACAAUCAAUCAGGGUACGUACGGUGUGGUAUUUUCUGUUCGCGAUGUUGUCACAAAGGUAUACGGUGUCAUUAAAGUGGCUAAGUCGAUGGCUAACGAAGCUGGCAAUGUUUCAGCUGAGUGGGAAGGAUUUAUCCUGGAAAAAAUGUUUAAAAGAUCUGAAACUGCAUCAAUCGUUCGCUUAUUAGAUAAAGGUAUGCUUGCGGAUCAACAUGGCGAAGGUAUGGAAUUCGUGGUACUGGAAAAAGCGGGAGUACCAGUAAAGGACUAUAUUUAUGAGGUAGAAGGGGUGCAUAGAAAAUAUCGUGCGGCAAAUAUCUCAUUACAAAUGCUGAAAGGAAUUUAUGAUCUUCAUUCACAAGGACUCCUGCAUCGAGACUUGAAGCCAGAUAACAUGGGUUUAUCUUCAAGAGAACAACCGAUUGCAUUGCUCUUCGAUCUCGGUAUGGCUCGGAUGUACACCGAUGGAGAAAGCGAUAUACGACCGCCACGAACAUGCUGUCCGUUCCGUGGAACACCUGAAUGGGCAAGUGGGCACGCACAAAAAGGUCGCGAGCAGACACGCUUUGAUGAUCUUAUUGCUUGGCUUUAUGUUACAUGUGAACUUUUUGCAAAUGAACGUGAACCCGUUCAACCGUUACCAUGGACGUACAGGAACAACAUGAAAGCACAUAAAUAUUUGAAAUCAAUGUAUUGUCCUGCCCGUUAUCUCCUGAAAACAUUGCCAUACCAGUUUUAUGCAAUUAAUGCCUAUCUUCAUACAGCAAAUCCUCAAAAGCCACCAGAUUAUCAUUUCCUGGCUGAAAAAACUUCUGAAGCAAUUAAAGAGUUGGAAAAAGAAGUCAAAAAAUCAUCGCCGCCGCCGCCGACACCCACGACCGCUAUAGAGGGAAAAAAUGUCAUCCAGAAAAGAGCGGAAGUAAAAUCGAAAAGUAAACAUAGUAAAAAAUCAGACGUUGCAAAGAAUGCGGCGAAGAAUCCGGUGAAGCCACGUUCUCCCUCAAUUCCGACUAGCAUGCCGAUCCUUGAACUCAUCCCACUUGCUGACACUUCCCAUCGACAAGUGUUGCAUAGUGCGUUGCAGCAAGUAAAGUUCGUAUUGAUACGGUGA